AUUUUCUUUUCCUUUCACAAUCGUUCCUCCUUCCUUCUCCACCCCCAACUCCAAGCCAUUAAGCAAAGCUAACUCAUCAUCUAUCAUACCUCUCACAAUCUCAACUCAAUAUUGAAGAAAUUAAACCAGAGAGAGAGAGAGAGAGAGAGAGUGAGAAGACUCAACAACCAUCAUACCCCACAACACACGCUACCCUACAGCUACUACUACUUCACACUUUACCCUCCUUCUCUUCCCACCUUCUCACACUCUCAACCCAUUCAUUUUACCACCAAAACACACUUAACAUUGUUUCUUUCUCUAUUCACGAGCACCAUGGUUUUCUAUGGUGUCUCCAAUUUCAUCACCCUCUUCCUUCUCUUCCUCCUUCCCCUCCACUCCGCAUUACCCCCCACCACCACCGUACAAAUCAACUCCAACUCCAUCCUCGUUGCACUUCUCGAUUCCCACUACACGGAACUUGCCGAGCUCGUUGAAAAGGCACUUCUCCUUCAAAAACUAGAAGAAGCCGUCGGUAAUCACAACAUCACCAUCUUCGCACCCAGAAAUCAAGCUCUAGAACGUGACCUUGACCCUGAAUUCAAGAGAUUCCUUUUGGAACCACGUAAUCUCAGGUCACUCCAAACUCUUUUAAUGUCUCACAUUCUUCCUUCAAGAAUCGCUUCACAUCAUUGGCCACCAACUCACCUCCACCACCACACUCUCUCCAACCACCGUCUCCAUCUCACCACAAACCCCACCGGCGCUAAAACCGUCGAUUCCGCUGAGAUCCUCAAACCAGACGACGUUAUCCGUCCAGACGGCGUCAUCCACGGCAUCCAACGUCUCAUAAUCCCACGCUCCGUACAAGAAGAUUUCAACCGGAGAAGAAACCUCCGUGACAUCUCCGCAAUUCUUCCAGAAGGAGCACCGGAGGUAGAUCCACGUACAAACCGCUUAAAGAAACCCGCACCAGUCCCCGCCGGAGCUCCACCGGUUUUACCAAUCUACGACGCAUUAGCACCAGGACCAUCACUAGCUCCAGCCCCAGCACCAGGUCCAGGUGGUCCACGUCAUCAUUUCAACGGCGAACGUCAAGUAAAGGAUUUCAUCCAAACUCUUCUCCAUUACGGUGGUUACAAUGAAAUGGCGGAUAUUCUGGUUAACCUAACGUCGUUAGCAACGGAAAUGGGUCGUUUAGUUUCUGAAGGAUAUGUUUUAACAGUUUUGGCACCAAACGAUGAAGCAAUGGCGAAAUUAACGACUGAUCAAUUAUCGGAACCAGGUGCACCGGAACAGAUUAUAUACUAUCAUAUAAUUCCUGAGUAUCAAACUGAGGAGAGUAUGUAUAACGCCGUUAGAAGAUUUGGGAAAAUUAGUUAUGAUACGUUGCGUUUGCCCCAUAAGGUUGUUGCUCAGGAAUCUGACGGUUCUGUUAAAUUUGGUCACGGUGAUUCUUCUGCUUAUUUGUUUGAUCCUGAUAUUUACACCGACGGUAGAAUUUCCGUUCAAGGUAUUGACGGUGUUCUUUUGCCACCGGAGGAAGAGAAUGAAGAUGAAUCAUCAACACCUAUUCGCCGUGUUAAAACUCCACUUGUUAAAGUUGCUUCUAAACCAAGGAGAGGGAAAUUGCUGCAACUUGCUUGUAGCAUGGUUGGAUCCUUUGGAAGAGUCUGCUCAUGAAAUCGCUUUCUCAACUAAUCGCUUAAAAAUAGAAAAAAAGAAAUUAUAAUAAAAAAAGAGUGAAGUUAUAUAAACUUGAUGAAUGUUGUAGAGUAAAUCAUUUUCAAUACAAAAAGGGAGCGAUUGAGUUGCAAGAUUUCGGUGGGGAACUCACACAGAAGAUAACAAAUUUUCUGUCAUUUUGUUUCAUACUGUAAUUACAUAUCAUUUUUUUAUUAAAUUUUUAUUUUAUGUUGAUUCACUGUCUCUGUAUGCAUAAAUAACCUUCAAAUACGACACUCUCCUCUCUCGGUUGCAUUAUUUUUUUCCCUGUUUGUAUGUGAAUCAAAAAGUUAUUAUAAUGCCUUCAAGUUCCAACUCA